AUGAAGAGGAGUGUGCUCAAAAUAUUGAUCCUCAUAGUGACUUUGCUAUCCUGCACAACGUUUGCUUCGGCUGUGGUACGUUGUGGGAACUGUGGACGCACUCCUGUGCCAUAUCCGCUGAGCACUGAUCCAAAUUGCGGUGACCAAGCCUACAAAAUUCGUUGCACUGCAGGCACUCUAUGGUUUGAUGCCCUCAACAAAUCAUCCUACAUGAUCACAGAUAUCAAUCCAUUAACCCAGCGGAUAAUUAUCCGGCCUGCCGGCCUCUCUGGCAAGACUUGCAUUGCAAGUGAUAUGGCAACUGAAGGCAUUCAGCUUGAUGACAAUCUCCCAUUUAACAUCACAAGUAGUAACACUAUUUUGUUACUCAACUGUUCGGACGCGAUGUUACAUUUGCAAGCUCCUAUAAAUUGUUCAUCAAACAGCAUAUGUCACGACUAUAUUAACAACAAUGCACCUCUCUGUAAGAGCACAUCUUUGUGUUGUGUGUUUAAGACUGGAGGUUCGCAGAAUUCGUAUGUGGUGAAGGUCCAUAUUAAUGGAGGAUGUGCAGCGUACCAGAGUUUUGUGAACUUGGACACUCAUUGGGUGCCAACGAAGACGUGGCCUGCCCCUGCAAUGGAGUUAGAGUGGGGAUUGCCACAGGAGCCAACUUGCAAGCUCCCAAUAGAUUGCAAACCCUUAUUACAUUCAAAGUGCCUGGUUGAUCCCAUGAAUUCUGGGCAGAAAAGGUGCUUUUGCAAUGCUGGGUUUGAUUGGGAUCCUGUCAACGGAUUGUGCCGACGUGAAAAAUGUCCGCACGGGCGAGGUUGCAAACAUCAAAAGAAACAAACAAUGCUAAUUGCUGGCAUGGUUGCUACAUUGGGUGGAAUUUCGCUUGCCGUCAUGAUAGUAGUUCUUGUGUUGAAACAAAACAAGCGCAUGAAGCAAGAAGCUCAAAAGAAUAUUAUCAGGGAGCGUGAAGAGAUGUUAAGGACCAAAAACAAUGGCAAAUCAUCCAAGAUUUUCUCUGGAAAAGAAAUAAUAAAAGCAACCAACAACUUCUCCAAAGACAACCUCAUAGGAUCUGGAGGCUUUGGGGAGGUCUUCAAGGGCAUUCUUGAUGAUGGAACCAUUACAGCCAUAAAACGUGCCAAGCUAGGUAAUACCAAGGGCACCGAUCAAGUCCUCAAUGAGGUCCGAAUCCUAUGCCAGGUGAACCAUAGGUGCCUCGUGAGACUUCUUGGUUGUUGCGUAGAGCUUGAUCAGCCCUUACUGGUUUAUGAGUACAUUCCUAAUGGCACACUCUUUGAUCACCUACAUUGUUACUUUAAUGGUAAAUGGGCUCCCCUGCCUUGGCAUCUUCGCCUAUUCAUUGCUCACCAGACUGCUGAAGGUCUAGCUUAUCUCCACUCGGCUGCAGUUCCGCCCAUUUAUCACCGGGAUGUGAAAUCAAGCAACAUUUUACUUGAUGAAAAACUUAAUGCCAAAGUUUCUGACUUUGGGCUAUCCAGGCUGGUUGAGAUUUCAGAAAACAAUGAUAGUCAUAUUUUCACUACUGCUCAAGGAACCCUUGGUUAUCUUGACCCUGAAUAUUACCUUAAUUUUCAGCUUACUGAUAAGAGUGAUGUUUAUAGCUUUGGAGUUGUGUUGCUUGAGCUGUUGACAUCAAAGAGGGCUAUAGAUUUUAACAGAGAAGAAGAAAAUGUGAACUUGGUGGUUUAUAUGAAAAAGAUUAUUGAUGAAGAGAGGUUGAUGGAUGCUGUUGAUCCAGUUCUCAAGGAGAAAGCUACCAACUUAGACUUGGAGACAAUUAAGGCAUUGGGGUUACUUGCAGCGGCUUGUUUGGAUGAGCGAAGGCAGAAUCGACCUUCAAUGAAAGAAGUUGCCGAUGAGAUUGAAUACAUUAUCAGUGUUGCUAAGGGGAAGGUUUCUGCUGAAGGCUAG